GGGGCCCGAAAAUGGGGUAUAAAGGGGGAAUAAAAAGGGGGAGAUGGAUACCCCGAUCUUUCGCAAGACGAAGGAUCUUUGGGCUUGCGGUGUCUACCAUGACAAUCGCUUCUAAAGUCUUGUGUCUCUGUUGAGGUUGGAUGGCCCAUUCAUUACCCUGAUUGUCCUAUAAUAAUCUAGCACCUGCAAGAGACCCUAUUAUCUUCCACUGUGAUAAGGGAGAAGUUGGAGAAGAUAAACAUGACCAAAGUUGUGUUUUCUUCGCUAUUGCUCUUACUAGCUCUCGCUGCUGCCAGCACAUGGGCCAAGAAAGAAGACUUGGAGAGUUCCGUUAAUGUUGGUGGCUGGGGAGAAUGGACCUAUGUCUAUGAGCCCUCCUACUUACCUGUACCAAAGGACGCCGACGUGGAACAUGCCCAUGGUAUCGUCAUUGAUGACCAAGGUAACAUUAUCAUAACCUACAAGGACAAGACAGAUCCCUCCAAGUGUCUUCUUCGGUGGAAACAUGGCGAUGGCCAAUAUCAACAGAUGCCAGAAUUUCUAGGGCCAGGAAAGGAGCUCUGUCAAGGUGUACCUCAUGGUCUUCGGACGCAAGUCGAGAAUGGGACUCUUGUUUUGUAUCAUGCCAACAACCAGCAAGUCAUCCAUAAAACCACCAUGGACGGAGAAAUCAUUUGGACCGUGGCAGGAAAGCCCGACGAGAAUUCGACGGAUUCUUACAAACCAACCUGGUUCGCCGGAGCUCCCGAUUCGCCCUAUGUCUACCUAGCAGACGGAUAUGGAUCCUCCAAGGUCUAUGUUUACAACCGAACCGACGGCAACUACACGGGCCAUUCGUUUGGAGGGCACGGAAAGGGGCACGGACAAUUCGAGACGGAUCACGCCAUUACGUACGACUCUCGGAUAGGUUACCACCAUCAAAUGGUCGUUUGCGACCGUGGGAAUCAUCGCCUCGAAUACUUUAAGGUGGAUCCUCAGGAUCCAUCCAUCUUUGAGUAUACCCAUACCGUGUCCUUUGAUCCUUUGCUACAACUGCCGUGCAAUAUUCGCAUGCGGCCCGAAGAUGGUGUAGCCAUCAUUCCCUUUCUGGAAGGCACCGUGGGGAUCUUGACUGAGAACAACGAGCUCAUGUCGGUCGUCAACAUUACACAAAUGUUGGGCGACAAGGGCUUUCUUCAUCCGCACGAUGCUCACUUUGUGCCGGCCCUGUCGGGUGAUUUUGUGUUGGUCACUUGGAAUCCCGGACGCAUUGGGUAUUUCCGAAGGGUACACAAAGGUGGCGAUGAUACUAACGUGGCGUCUCAAUAAUUAGUAAUAAUAAAACGGCAUUGACAACUUC